AUGCCUCGUCCCUCUGCCGAGAACCUCCUCUGGAUCGACUGCGAGAUGACGGGUCUGAAUCCCUAUCUCCCGCGGGAGGGGAUCAAGGAGGGCGAAGAGUUCUUUCCUGACCGCAUCCUCGAGAUCGCCUGCAUUGCGACGGACAAGCACCUGAACCAGCUCGACGAGGGCAUCGAGUACAUCGUCAAGACGGAGAAGGAGGUACUCGACAGAAUGAACGAGUGGUGCAUCAACCAGCAUGGCAAGACCGGCUUGACGCAGGCAUGCCUCGACAGCAGAUAUACAAUGCAAGAAGUCGACAAGCUCGUAUCCGACUACGUCGCUAAGCACUUUCCUCCAGACGCACCCGCGCUUCUUGCCGGCAACUCAGUCCACGCCGACAAGGCGUUCAUCAACAAGGACUUGCCGCUCCUCGCCAGCAAACUGCACUACCGGAUCCUGGAUGUGAGCUCGCUGAAAGAGAUCGGACGACGCUGGUACCCCAGCCUCGACUGGACGAGCAAAAAGGACGAGGCAGAGCACCGAGCGUUGUCGGACAUCAAGGCCUCCAUUGCCGAACUGAAGCGGUACCGCGAAAACCUCUUCAAGCCGGUCGAGGAAGAGAACACGGCGGAGAACACGGCGGCUAGGUAG